CUUUUCAACCCUGUGCUGGACUUCAUCUCGGAGAAUGUGGAGCCAUUUGAACAAGCUCCUCUUCUGGGCCAUGCUUUCUUCUGUCACACGUAAAACAGCUGUGUUGGAUUGUAAGGCAAUGAAAACAAAUGAAUUUCCUUCUCCAUGUUUGGACUCAGAGACUAAUGUGGUCAUGAAGGGUCAAAAUGUAUCUGUGUUUUGUUCCCAUAAGAACAAAUCACUGCAGAUCACCUAUUCAUUGUUUCGAAGUAAGACACACCUGGGAACCCAGGAUGGAAAAGCUAAACCCGUGAUUUUUAAUCUAAGCAUCACAGGACCCCAUGAGUCAGGCCCCUACAAAUGCAAAGCACAAGUUUACAACUGUUCAAAAUACAGUCCUGACUUCAACUUCAUAAUUGCCGACCCAGUGACUGCCCCAGUGCUGAACAUUACGGUCAUUCAAACAGAAACAGACCAACAUAUAACAUUACUCUGCCUCUCGGUCAGCGGCUCACUGCCCAUCAAUUACACUUUCUUUGAAAAACAUGCUGCCAUAUCGCCAGUUAUUUCCAAGUACAACAGGGAGCCUGCUGAAUUUAACUUAACCAGGAAGAACCCUGGAGAAGAAGAGUAUAGGUGUGGAGCUAAAAACAGAUUGCCUAACUAUACAGCAUACAGUCAACCUGUCGUCAUGCCUUCAACAGGCGGGGACAGCUGUCCUUUCUGUCUGAAACUACUGCUUCCGGGGUUAUUACUGCUGCUGCUGGUGAUAAUGGUGGUGAUAAUCCUAAUUCUGGCUUUUUGGAUACUACCCAAAUACAAAGCAAGAAAAGCUAUGAGAAAUAAUUUGGCCAGGGACUGUGGAGCUGCACCCAUGGAAGCUGGAAUCUAUGCAAAUAUCCAUCAAAAACAAGAGAAGAAGGAAUCUGUACCAGAAGUGGGAUCCAGACUGUGUGUUUCCACAGCCCAAGAUGGGGCUGGACACUCCCAGGAGCUACAGUAUGCCACCCCCGUGUUCCAGGAGGUGGCACCAAGACAGCAAGAAGCCUGUGAUUAUUAUAAACCUGGAUAUGUCUAUGCUGAACUCACCUUCUGAAAUUUACAGAAACAAACUACAUCUCAGGAUGGAGUCUCUCUCUGUCACCCAGG